GGCUGGACGUGAGUGGGCGUGGCAGGCUUUGUCACGCAGCUUCUUCCUCGAAUUCUUUACCGUUACUACGUGAAGCUGACUUGGGGGAAAUUGAACGUCGCCCAGAAGGGACAAACAGGAGAAGGGAGCAGAAACAGCAACUACACGCCAAACGCUGCCUCAGGAGCAGUGAAGUGUCUUCAUGGCAGUUCGUCGAGGACACAUUAAAUAUUUGAAAGCCGACCUACAGGAGGUGUACAACAUGUCGAACGGUUAUGAAGACCUCAUGGGAGAGGACGAGGGCAAGGACUCCAAGACCAACCUGAUUGUGAACUACCUGCCUCAGAGCAUGACGCAGGACGAGCUGCGGAGCCUCUUCAGCAGCAUCGGAGAGGUGGAGUCUGCAAAGCUGAUUCGAGACAAAGUUGCAGGCCACAGUUUAGGGUACGGAUUUGUUAACUAUCUUAACCCUAGUGAUGCAGAAAGAGCUAUCAGUACACUGAAUGGACUAAGGCUACAGUCCAAAACUAUCAAGGUUUCAUUCGCACGGCCCAGCUCUGACACAAUAAAGGAUGCCAACCUGUAUAUCAGCGGACUGCCAAAGUCUAUGACCCAGAAGGAUGUAGAGGACAUGUUCUCACGUUUCGGACACAUCAUUAACUCCCGCGUACUUGUUGACCAGGCCACGGGUACAUCAGGUGCGUCCCGUGGGGUGGCUUUUAUAAGGUUUGACAAGCGGGCCGAGGCAGAGGAGGCCGUCAAAAACCUUAAUGGUCAAAAGCCACCCGGAGCCUCUGAGCCAAUCACAGUGAAGUUUGCUGCCAACCCAAACCAGGCGAAGAACACGCAGAUCAUCUCUCAGCUCUACCACAACCAGUCCAGACGCUUCGGAGGACCCGUACACCACCAGACUCAGCGGUUUAGGUUCUCCCCCAUGAGCGUCGAUCACAUGGGUGGUGUAGGAAGUGUCAGCGUUCCUGGGAACUCCACCUCCGGCUGGUGCAUCUUCAUCUACAACCUGGGCCAGGACGCAGACGAGAGCAUCCUUUGGCAGAUGUUCGGGCCCUUCGGCGCCGUCACCAACGUCAAGGUGAUCCGCGACUUCAACACCAACAAGUGCAAGGGCUUUGGCUUCGUUACCAUGACUAAUUACGAGGAGGCUGCCAUGGCCAUAGCCAGUCUGAACGGCUACCGGCUCGGAGACAAGAUGCUGCAAGUGUCCUUCAAGACGAGCAAGGGCCACAAGUAGAGGGAGGCGGACAAUCGGUGUACAGGAGGGUUAGGUGAAAAGACCUAUGCGCCAGAUGUUUAAAGCAGUGAACAGAACGGGGUUUAUAAUCUAGAAAAAUUCAGUAUUGAGUUUUAGUGUGUUCAUGUUCACUCUUCUGCACCUUUUGUACUUGUCAAAAAGAGUGUUUUAGGCUGAUUGUUGUCGUUUUUCUUCAUCUUUACACUCCUCGAGGACACUAUAUGUAGUUUUAAUUUUUUUGUGAAGGAUUUAGAGGGUAAUAUCCCAAGGUACCCCCAAGAUAACUUUCAAAAAUGAUCUAAAAAUCUACUGUCUAUAUGUGUUGCAUGUAUAACAGAGGAGACUCGAUAAAUGAGGCACGCAAAUGUUUCUGGGCAGUGCACUCGGGGGAAAAUAUAGGUGACAAGGAAAGCCUCGCAAAUUGUUUUUGUGGAUGAUUUAGGCUUAAAGAAGGUGAGGACCAAUUCUUUGGUUGUUUUUGUUUUGGAAAAAGAAGUGGUCUGUCCUGGAUCCUCAUUGUAGAGUAAAAAUGGAUGAAUUCAAUUAUCACCCAAUGGCAUUACAGGCCUAAAUGACCAUUCACCUUCUGGAGUCCAUCUAAGGGUAAAGCACUUCUUACUAGUCUGCUUUUGGUUACUAUGGAAACCAGGCGUUUUUUAUGUUGCUCUAUGACUUUUGCUCAUACCAGGUUAACAAUAUCAAGCAUAACAAGCUUUUGCGAUGUUUGUCUCAUCCCGGUGUAAAGGUUUUUUUUUCAUUAUAAGUUGUAUUUCAGGAGGGUCCCUUUUUGAAUAUGAACCCCAGUCAAUGAGUAGGGAGUUGAGAUGGACCAAAGGCAGGAAGAGAUUUUGAUCUUAUUACCCAAGAUAACUUUUCUGAGUAGAUUUAAGGUAAAGUAAUACCUAUUUUUAAGCGGUACUAAGCUUAUUUUAUGUAUAUAUGAAAACUGACUGAGCGCAAUGUCACUUAACCUCAGCAUGUAUUUGGUUUAUUUCUAAUUUUAUUUUCAGUUAAUUUGUUUUUUUGUUUGAAGUAUUAUUAUUAUUUUUUUAUUUUUUUCUCGGUGUUUGUUACAAACUUGUUUUAACGAGCGCUUAUGUCAAGUUUGGAGACUAAUUCAUGGCCUUUUGUUAAGUUUGGAUUUUCUUUCUUUUCUUCAUUUCUUUUGGUUGUUUCAAUUUGAGCAUAAACCAUUAAAUUUUAUUUCUUUUCGCCAAAAGUUUUGUUUGGUUUAUUUUUAUUUGCCUUUUUCUUAUUUGGUUUGGAUGUUCUAUUCUUUUACUUGACGCAAAUCUGCAGUGUUGAUAGAUCUGUGGUUAGUAAAAAGGGCGUUUCCAGAAAAGUGUUUGAAGAGAAGCUUUUAAUUGUCAGUUAUUUUGAAAGAAAAUAUACGGACCAAUGAUGGUUGGAGAUUAUUCAACCUGUACACACACUUGAAGACAUUUCAAGUUUUCCAAGUUUGCCAGAUACAUUUGAACCACUGAAGAGUUGCAUGAUUAGCAAGUUGAAGCUGAAUGUGGGCGGCUUUUCAGCAGCUGUGAGUUGACACCUGGCUCAGUCAAUCUGUUUUGAUACCCACCUAUUUGGGAGUAAUUCACCCAAAUCCAUUAAUCUGAUUAUUGUCCAACAGUGAUACCUUUUAACUUGGGAGGGUUUGUUUGCUGCCUCAAUGAAACAUUUCUUAUAUGAACCCUUUAAAAAAGAUAAUUGGACGUAUCACAGCCCAUCUUUUAAAUGCGGUUCAUUUGGUAAGUUGUCUUGUUCUCCAAGAGGAUCGACAAGUGGACCAUUUACCAUCAACGGUCAUAGUUCUUGAAUUAACCUGACUAUAAAUUGGACAGUUACAAAUAUAUCAAAUCAUUUUUGCUAACUAACGUUUCACAUUUUUGGAUAUUUGCUUUAAAAAGAAAAUCCCUAGCAAUAAUUCCCCUGAUGCUUUGUUAAAUGCCAAAAGGAGUAUUCCCAUUUCAACAUUCAUUUUGGUCUUAAAAGUGCUUUUUGAAUGAACAAUUCAAUCUUAUUUUUGUGCAAUAUUUCAAGGCUUGCUUGCAGCAAGUAAUGGAACGUUUUUGUAGUUGUGGACUGUCAUCUUUUUUUCUUUUUUUUUUAUAAUUUCUAUUUUCUACUGACAUUUUGUUUACUGCUCAGUUUUUUCAGCAGUAUAGUUGGAAUUGCAUGAAAGGUUGCAAGUGAAUUUGUUUUAGGAGUCGUCAGAUUGAACUGCAUUCUGCCUUAAUUUAUAAGUGGGAAUGGUGUAUUUUACAUCAGAGGAGGCGUAAAUAUUUAUUUGACAAUGUAUGCGGUUAUGCUUGUUAAUUAUUGCAGUGUUUUUAAAGGUUAAUUUUGUUUUCUUGGUUAUGAAUGACACUAAGUUGAAGUCCAUUUAAAUGUCCUCUAACAUUGGAUCAUCAAAACAUGUUUUCAGAACUGAAAUUAUUAAAUUUCACUUAAGAGUUG